AUGGCCUACAGAUCCGACAACAAGAAGAUGCAGACGAGCCAGGCUCUCCAUUCCGUCCUCGACUUUCUGAAGACGCAUGUGAGGGAUGUUUUGGACGAGUCCGACGAGAUCUUGCAUGCGAAGUACCAGCUGAUCCAUACGCUUGGCAACCCGGGGGAGCUUGAUGGUGGACGCCUUCGAUGGUGGGUGGCCUCUUGUGUGCUUGCUUCUGUGGCUCGCAGGGCUGAAGGCUUGGCCGAGACGUUUGGAAAGGAGGCGGUGGAGUUUGUUGCGGGGACUCCGGACUUUCAAUAUCCCACCGUCCGCUUGCUGGACCAUGACAGCAGCAAGGCCGCUUACGAACAGCUUUGUCAGUGGAUCGUUGAGGAUGUGCUCGGAUCGGAGCAGUCGAGCCUUUCCCUGCGCAUUUGCGGAGAGGAAGAAAGGCAGGCCUUCAAGGAAUGUGCUCUCGAAGUGUGUUCGGAGAACAAGCCAUGGACCAAACUGCAUGAGAGUGUGCAGCCAGUCGCUUAUGUCCUGCGUGGGCUGCUUUGCCACAACGUCCUCCGACUUGUUCUCGGCAAGCGAUGGAGAGUAGAGUUUGGGGUGCAUCCUUCAGGUCGUUGCCGUAUGGCCGUACCAUACAGGGCCAAGGAUGUGGCUGCUGAGCGCACGGAGUUCGGACACCCAGAUGUGGCCAUCAUGCUCACGUUGGUGACCUAUUACAGGGGUGGGCUGGACAAGGAAGCAAUGGAAGAAGUCUUCAGACGCCUUCAUCAGAAAAACGAGCGUCAGGCAGCCGCGACUUACAGGCAGUGGACUUGCCAGAUGGGAGCCUCAAUGCCCACGGAACUGCGUGAGUGGUCUGGUGUAAACCUAGACGACAGGGAGACCUUGCAUAAGAAAGUCUUCCCGGCUCUUAGACACCACCACGCUGUGGUCGACUUUUGGUUGGGGGAGAUUGUUUUCCCCAAAGAGGCCAAGCAGUUUCCGCAGAAGCUGGUUGCAACACCGUGGGAUUUGUGUCCUGUGGGCCCCAUCACCACUGGCUUUUCUUGGACGGACGAUGCCAGACCGCUGCUUCCGACAACCAUCCAGCAGUCGAAUCUCCAAGAGCUGGCGCACACGAAUGGGCUUGUCCUGCGGAACCUGAUGCGGAAGGACUGGAGCCUAGGCGUUGUGCACACGGAGGAACGAUGUCCUCUUCUGUUAGAGUGGCAUCUUGUGCUGUACCAUCGCAGCAAGUUCGCACUCCUUCUGCUUGGCAAUUAG